AUGCUUUUCUCUGUGAUACUGGCACUGCUGUCCUGCACCAAGGCAAGAGGACCUGAGCAUGUGUUUGUGGAGCAUGGAAAUGACUUACUUCUGGCUGUAAAGAGAUUUGUUGGAUUCAUCAAAAGGGGAGAUUUUUCCUGGAGAUUUAAUAUAAUUAAUAUUGUAGCUAAAAGCAAUUAUCAUAAUUCAGUAGUGUUUGGCACUUAUAAAGGCAGAGCUGAGAUUUUUGGACAAAAUUAUUCUUUGCUACUGAAGAGUGUGAAAAAGAGUGACAGUGGAAAUUAUAUUGCAAUCAUAACUGGGGCACAAAACCAAAGGGUAGCUGAAUACAAGGUCACAGUCCAAGAUCCAGUGUCUCCAGUUAACCUGACAGUGGAUUCUGUGUCCAGCAGCUCAGACUCCUGUAACCUCACUGUGACCUGCAGCACAGGAGAUUCCCACAUCAGCAGCACUUUUAAAUGUGAUGCCCCAAACUGUUCUCACACAGGAAAAGGAAGUAUGAAAGCCACCGAUUUCUCCACUCUCAGUGUCUAUUUGCAGCAAGACUUUAUCAUCUGUAAUCACAGCAACCAAGUGAGCUGGAAAUACAGCAACGAAAAGGUCAACUCUCACUGCAAGACACAUUCAGAGUCUGAGAGUCUCUCCGGUGGCAUCACCAUCUGUGCGGUGAAGACGGUCGUGGUCUCUGUCAGCUUGAUCAUCAUGGUGUUUGCUGUUAUCAGCGUCCACUUUAUGCAGAAGCUUAAGAAGCAAAAAUAA